AUAGGCCGGUCUUCUCGCCCUGACAAUUCGCCGACGGCGAAGUAUCGUUGAGAGAAGCUCGCGGAUUACAUCUGCAGGUCGCGCCUAUCGAAAAUGGCCCAGCGUCUCGCUAUGUUCGGCUUCCUUCUUGUCGCUCUCGUCGCACAGGGCUCGGCUGCUCCUACGGACGAUGAGUGCGACAUCCACUCCUUGGACAAGUGCGCCGCUGACCUGUUCGUGUUCGCCACCAGGAAUACAGUUCCGGAAACCGAAGGGGAUCUGGCAGCAUUCUGCAAGACUCAGAUGGAUUCGGAGACCUGUAGCCGAGCCUACCUCAAGAAGUGCGUGAGCAGCGUCGCACAGGGCGUGGGCAACAUCUUCCUGGACGACGUCAAAGAGGAGAUCCAUGAUCGCUGCGACACGUCGUCCGAGUACCACAAGGAGUUCAUCAAACACGCGCCCUGCCUGAAUAAGGUGGGCUCUUCGUUCAGCACCUGCAUCAAGAACACGAUCGCUGACCUGGACGUUGCCUCGCGGCUGCCGCCUAAACAACGGAUCGCAGGCGCCUGCUGCCAGUACAACAAGCUGGACGAAUGCGUUCGCAAGGCGGUCGAGUCCACCUGCCCGCCGGAGACGCUCCAGUUCUCGCAGAAAGUGCUGACGCGCUACGCCGGCGAGCUCCUGGGCGCCGUGUGCACCGGAUUCCGGUCGGGCGAGAAGUGCAAGGGCAUCCAGUACGACGACAAGCCCGGCGACGCCAGCCUGCGCUCUGUGCUCACGCCCCUCAUCCAAGUGGGCGCCGCCCUGCAAGGCUGAUCUGCUCGCGUCGCACCUGUCCUUAGAUCAAUGCGCCAAUAAAUCGAACUCGUAACGUAUC